AUGGAUCUGAAGAUUGUUCCUAAACUUACCAGGCCGUUAGUAGUAGGUCAGCCUACUGGCAAACAUGGGCUAUUAGCUGGUGACAAGAUGAAGGCCAAAGUUGGGAGCAAGGCAACAAUGAAAUCUCCUAUAACUGCGCCCGCUGUUAAGGGUUCAGUAUCUAAAACCGCCCCUGCCAAAACAGGGGGGCCGAAACCAACCGCGAAACUGGCCGGGAAGGUUUCGGCUGCAAAAUCAGUCGUCAAAGCGCCUGCUUUGAAAACACCUCGAACGACAACAGUCACUCCGCCAACCGUGGUGGCACCAAAGACGGUAGACCUGCGGUCGGUGACUGCCCCAAAGACGUUAGGGACUGCCGCGAAAAAUGCACUGGGGCCUACUGCAAAAACCGCGUUGGGACCUACUACGAGAUCGGCACUAGGCUCUGGCUUGAAGACAGCGCUGGGGCCUACUUCCAAGAUGACGCUGGGACCCGUGAAAACGACACCCGUGAAAACGACACCCUUAAAGGUCGGACAACUUGUGAAAGCUUCAGCGCCGCCCGUUUUGGGCAAGACGGAUGGAAAAGCAAUUGUGCCCAAGAAAAUCACUACCCUCGCAAAGGGGAAGAACUUGGCGGUUAAGAAAACUUCGGCCAAGGUCAUGGCCCCUGUUCAGACACCGCGGCCUCAAGUGGAUCGACCAACGGAAGUGGAUCGACCAACGGAAGUGGAUCGACCAACGGAAGUGGAUCGACCAACGGAAGUGGAUCGACCAACAGAAGCGGAUCGACCAACGGAAGUGGAUCGACCAACGGAAGUGGAUCAAAGGAUGGAGGACCCUGAUGAGUCCAAAACACUUUUUGUGUCUGUGGCAACUGGCAUGGCCAAGAAUCGUGCUCCUUUCCGCAAGUCCGAGAGCACGGUGGUGGGGGCCACGCUGGAAGAGGACUUCUCUCAGGAAUUUACACCGAAGGGAUUCGAACCGGGGACCAUUGUCGCUCCAAUGCAACAUGACGCCUUCGUCCGUCUUUUCGACGACCACCACGACCAGUCGCACCGGGUCGACGAGAGCAUAGCGGGCAAGCACACCGAGGAUGAACCUAUUGAGAACGCAGUCCCGCCUGAGGAUAGAAGGCGCUCGGAAGACACACAACAGCAAGGGGAGCCUUUAACAGAAGGGGAGUCUGCGAAGGAACCAGAGUCUGUGAAGGAACCAGAGUCUGUGAAGGAACCAGAGUCUGUGAAGGAACCAGAGUCUGUGAAGGAACCAGAGUCUGUGAAGGAACCAGAGUCUGUGAAGGAACCAGAGUCUGUGAAGGAACCAGAGUCUGUGAAGGAACCAGAGUCUGCGAAGGAACCAGAGUCUGGGAGGGAAGCGGAGUCUAUGAAGGAAGCGGAGUCUAGUCUCUGA